UUGUGUUGAUAUCCGACCGUGCAAGGGCUUUAUAUACAGGGCCAGUCAAUGUCGUUAAAAACUUCCAUUUGUUGUAUUGUGUUUACACCAAAACAGCAGCUAUCAUAGAUGACAGGUUGUCCUCUUUACACGUUCAAACAAGGAUUUGUAUACCUUUGGAUCGAAUUUACACCAAAAUAAAAAAAUGUUAGAUUAUGGAAAAAGAUUCCUCCAGUUCUUGCUCUAAAGAAGGAACUAAAACCUCAACAUUAUUAACAUUGUUGAGGAAUCCUAGUUGUCCAAUAAGUGUUCCUAAUAGCAAAGUUCAAAAGGCUGAUGAGAUACAAAAUCAGACAGUAACAGAAACAUCAACGCUGGUAAAUCUGUUAAAGAACAGUUCCAGUGGUCCAUCUGAACCUCCAAAAAAGAAGGAACAAAGGGCAGACAAGGCAAACAUUCAGACAGAUCAGGCAGAUGUUUUGACAUGUGCUAGCUUAACGACUAAAAAGAAAUCAUCAUCAGCAGAUUAUAGUGUGCCUGUGGUUCAAUCUCAGCUUAUAUCAAAACCUUGGCGAAGUAGUUUAAGUUCUAAUGGCUUCUAUCCUACAAUGGACCAGCAAGGAGUUUCAUCACCAAUAAGUAGUUCUUGUGUUGCUAGUGUUACCAAUACUAACUACUAUACUAAUGAUCCAAUUAUAAGCAUCCAGAGUGCUUCAAGAAAACAUUCCUUCCAACAAAUUGACAAUUUUGAUACUACAACUCCAGAAAAAAUUCGCAAGAUGUCUGAGGACAAUAUGGACAAGUACUCUGGGAUAGAUAUAAAGUCUCCACCUAAUGGAUUGAAAGCAAAAAGAUAUAACAAAACAGCAGAGGCACUAAAAAUGUCAGGUUUAAUGGACAUUACAAUGAAAACUGCUGACUUGCUGAAAAAGAAUAAACAAUUACAAACUGAAAUGGACAAUCUUAAAAAGGAUUCCAGCAGUUUUUUACAAAGUGUUUUAGAAAAUCCAGAAAAUCAUCACAUUAAAGAUACUUAUUUCCCACAUUUAACAACAAAAUCCUAGUAAAUACAGCACAUUUUAUAUUUCGUACCUAACGUUUUCUGGUAAUUAUUUGUAUUUCAUGACUGCUCUUAAAACUAAAGUAUAUUAGCUGGAGAGAAUUUUGUGAGGAAAACAUAUAUGCUUUCAGCUAAUG